CACUGCAGUAUUGAUUUAUCUCUUUUGUACCAGUCAGUGCGUCUCGAAAUCUUCGGCGGAUCGCACGCUAAUCUUAAACAUGAUGAUACGCAAUUGUUUUCUUCGUAUCUUCAAUUCAUUCUUUAUUUUCUCUUCAUAUUUCAUUUUCACAUUUUCUGUACGUAUUUUCUCAUCAUUCUGCAUUCAGACAAUCAAUACUUCUAAAGCGGACAGGCUAGCCACUUACAGCUUCGCAGUUCAGCGAAGAAGUCGCCAAGAAAAUAAAGCGAAGCGUGUAAGAAGGAGGAAGAGGAGUGUCAAGAAAGAAGGGCCUUCACAAAAAACAUCUGUAAACACCCUAACAACGGGCCAAGUGGUUUCAGAACUUCCGUCCGAUGUGGUGGACGCAGGCAGUGAAAGGGUGAGCCAACACCACACAGAUGAUGGUGACCAUAUUGAGAGCUCACCAGUGCCUUCCCCCACACCUUUGGACUACACACCCGGGUCCCUCGUAUGGGCCAAACUGUUUGGACAUCCUUACUGGCCGGCGAUAAUUGAGGCAGAUCCAGACCUCGGAGAAUUCCACCAACAAAAGGGGUCUAACCAGGAAUACCAUGUAGUGUUCCUGGAUAAACCACCAUCCAGGUCUUGGAUACGUUCUGCUUAUAUUAGAUCCUACGACGUUUCUCCUCCGGUAUGUUAUACUUCUUAUGAUUGAAUCUUUUGAAUUAUAAAUAACCGGUAAUAUAUGAAUACCGGUGAAUAUAUGACCGGUUUUGUCACCCAGAACAUUUCUCGUCUAUUCUCUAAAAAAUGUACUUGUGUAUCAACCGUAUGCUUUGGGUGAACAAUAGUUACGAAAGAUCCUGUUAUCGUGCCAUCUUUGGAAAAUAAUCACUGUGAAGCGGUUAAUACACAUGUACCAGAAAAAUAAAUAUAAAUUUUGGCGUUUUUCCAAGAUUA